AUGGCACCAAUGACUGCGGUCCAGAAUAGACUUAAGUCUGCGGAUCUUUCGAUAGCUCCAGGGAAGGGAGGCUUGAUGUCUUUCCCAGGAAUCACCGCUGAGAGCUCUCGUAAACUCAGUGAACUCAUGCAGAAGAACCAAGACGAACACCAUGGAUUCUUCCGUGGCAGAUUUCAUAAUCACAUGUCUGACGACCUCCUGGCCACUUACGACUUUGGGGCCAGUCCAGCUGAUUUGGAAACUAUAUACAAUCGUGUAAAGGAGGUGCAGCAUGUACUCCCUGAGCUCCACCCGGAGAUCGUCGUGGACCUAUCGGACGAAAGCCAAUGGCAUAAGUAUCUUGGCGCCAGGGAGUAUUGGUCUGAUUUUCUUACCUUUUUCCAGAAGGAGAUGGAGGAGAUUGGCAUGCCAGCUAUGUUGAACAAGAGACUCUUUGCGGGGACGGAGGCUUCGGAUGACCUUCUGACCCGUUGUUUUGGCGGUAUAUAUCAUCCAAUCAUCCGUAUUGGGUACGGGCUGGAAUUCGAUAUUCCCGCGCUAGUUCCGGCAGGGCUUGCUACUGCGGCGUGCAAUGGUGACUGGCCAGCAGAUUUCUUCAAAGGCCUUUCAGCAGAUGCCAAAGAUGUUAACGACAAGGAGUUCGACAAGCCAUAUUUAGAUAUCCUCAACGAGGUCCAAAAUGACCCGAUUUUCCGUAAUCCAGGCACCGAUAGGAAGAUGUUCGAUUAUUAUUCAACCAUUCUCCACAAUUCAAUGGACCCAAUUCUUUUAUAUGCCAAACAGUACCGAGUACCUGUUGACAAGAUCGACGAGAAAACUAUCGAAUCAUACAACAUAGCGGCUCUUAUGCUUGGCGGUGCUAUGCGGAAGGACAAGGAGAUCAGAAUGGAUUUCUUCUUGAUUCACUGUGUGACGACGGCCAUCUUCAUAUCGGUCUUUAAUGCCCAGGAUUGGAUAACUUCAGAGAGCAAGGCUCGUCUCCUAGAGUGGAAGACUCGUUUUGACAUACUCACCUAUGUUGCAGUCGGUGCGCCGGUACUCCACGCGGACGAGAUUAAAAAUUAUGAACCAAAGGUCUCACAGGACGGUGUUGGAAACCCAUGGCUUGAUAUUAUUGGACGUGCAAUCCACGUAGAAGACGAUGGCCACACCAUCAAAACUAUCAGGUCCCUGGUAUAUGGCGAGAGGCUCGAUGCAAAAUAUGGCGAGAAGUUGAAUUUGCCCGUCGUGGGUAACAUGUGGAGGAAGAUUGCUGCUAUGAGUCUCGAUAGCGCUGAAGGGCUAGGUGACUGCAAUGGGGGUCCUCGUGCAUGGGUAAGAGGUGCUGGAUUUGAUCAAGCAUGGGAGCCUUUUGGGCCUAGGGAGCCCCGCUCAAAGAGUAAGAAUUGA